UAAUGUCGUCAUUAUUACAGAAAUGCCAUCAUCUUCUUCUUCCUAUUAAUACCCUUUCUGCUACACCUCUAGGUUUGGAGAACUGAAAUCAAAAACCCCCUUUUUUAGAAAAAUAAAAUAAAUUAAAAAAUUCUUUCUUUUCUCUACUCUCACUGAUACAUCAAUUUCUCUCUCUUCAAUAACAAUGGCGGCAACAUCACGCCAUGAACGCUCACUAUCUCCUUCUGGAAGGUUUUGUGCUUCUUCGAUUUCAUCGUCUACUUUCUCUUCUUCUUCUCCAUCAUUUUCUCAUCAAUCUCCUUCUUCCUCAAUUUUACAUCGAUCCUCAUCUCCGACGAGAGUAAGCAUCUAUGGAUCUUCAUCUCAAACGACGUCGUCUUUUAAAUUUUCAAUUAAUCAAUCUUUUUCUGCUGUUAAUCGGAAUCGGAAUCCGUUUCCGACGGCGGCGAAGAAGAAAACAUGUAUGUGUUCUCCGACGACGCAUCCAGGUUCUUUCCGGUGUAAUUACCAUAAGAAUCUUGAGAUGAAAAAACAGCAUCAGGCGGCGUCGUAUCAGCCGAAUCGAUUGAAUAUGCGUAGAUCGGCGAUGACGAACUCGCUCGUGAGAAUCGGAUCUGUUGAAGGUGGUGAGUGGGUUAAACGUGCUCUUGCUACAUUAAUUCGUCCUUGCGCUCACCAGCAAAGACGGCGUGUUGAUUUUCAGCCGCGUCCGAGUCGACUCAGUAUCAUGUCAAAAGCUGAGGAUGGUGACGGUAGUAAUUGACGAUUUCAAGUUUGGAUUUUGUUUUGUUCUCUGUACAGGAGCGGCGGAGUGUCCGAGUGAACUCACUGAGUUGCUGAUCGUUUCUCUGAGUUGAAGCUGAGAUGUCUCGCCGAGUUUUUGUGUUUUUGUAAAUAGAAAAAACCCAGAUCUGAAUAUUAUACCGGAUGUAGUGGGUUGUUAUAAUUUUUCUGGAUCACUUUUUAUUUUCAGUAAAAUUACUAUUACUUGUUGUUUUUUGGAUGAAUAUUUUGUUUAUAUUUAAGUUACUUUUUUUUCCUUGAAUCUACAAAUUCCACUUAACUAAUUUAAAUUUAAAUAUUUAAAAAUUGAACAACAUGACAAAUGCAAAAAUUACUGUUCCAAAUUUUCUGCUCAAUUUGGAAUCUAAUUGUUUUCCUGUUUAUACACUUUCAAAAUAAAUACUAGGAAGUACUUCUAUUAUUUAUUUUAUUCUUGUAUUUGUUUUAUUUGUGGGUUGUUUAUCUGCAAUUUUAUAUUUUUUUAAUUUUUGUUUCAUGUGUGUGUUAUAUUAUUUUGAAAUUUAUUAAAUAUUUAUUUUUGGGAUGUGAGAUCUGAUGUGUUUGUUUGUUUUCCUCCACAGGCUUCACAUGAAGGGAAUGAAUAUGAGCAAUUGGAGAUUGAUUUCUUUGGCCAAAAAUUCCAACUUGAUUUGGGAUAUUUGUGGACAUUAUUAUUAUAGGAAUACUUUUAAAAAAAAAAAAAACAAAUUUUGCCUUAAAUAAGAAAUAGAGUAAUUAAGUAAACAACCUUCUAACUUGUGAAGACUAAUUUACGUGAAAAAGACAAACACCAGUUGUUGCCACCUUGCA